AUGCAGCCCCAUCAAAGUUUAAAAAACCUGUUCCUGAGAACCAAUGGACUGAUCAAAAUAAAGCCAAAAGUGAGGGUUACUGACAAUUACACCCUGUCCCUUGUUUAUACUCCUGGAGUUGGCCAUAUUUGCAAGGUGAUCCAAAAAGACCCAGAUUAACUGUACGAAUAGACGAUAGCUGGUAAUUCGAUUGCACUCCUUGCUGACGGAUCAAAAUUCAAUCUCCCCCGGUCAUCCAAAAUGAUCCCAAAUUUAGAAGCCAUAAGUGCCUUGUACAAAGCAUUCUAUGACGUAGAUGCCUAUCCUAUUAUCUUGGACAGAACUAUCAUGACAGAUGUAUCCGAUUAUGUGCUGGUGAUGGACAAUCUGUCACCCACAUACAAAACUAUAGUUUUGAUUGACAUCGAAGAUACGUUAGCCUCACAGAUCCUCACAGCUGUGGAAAAUGCUAAACUCGAAUGCACUGUGAUUAUUUCCAACUCCCACAAUCUGAGGGAGUAGCUCUAUGAUGCUGCUUUAGUCAAGGCUACUCUUGAUGCAAGAUCCACUCUUAAACCCUCUCAAUGUGAGUUAAUCAAAAAAGCAAUCACUUCAGUUGAUUUCACUAAUCUACCAUCUCUUUUGACAACAACUUUAAACAAAGCUUAUGCUCUGGGAUUACAGGAAAUCUACAAUCAUAAAUUGUAUCAUCACACUGUUGCAAACGUAAACCCAGAAAUUUUCAUUAAUAAAUUAAAUGAUCUUUAUAUUUAUGGAGAAGUUGCUUAUUACAACAAAUGGUCUAAUGAUCAUCUGUUGCAAAAUAAUGAUUUCAAUUAGAAUGCCUUGGAAUUGCACAAAAGAUACCAUGGAAUGAUCACUAUUGAACUCAAGUUUAAUCCAAGAUCACUUGAAGAUUUGUUCAGAAUUUAUGAAACCUCCUAUCAAAAAGAUGAGUUGGCAUAACUCAGACAAAUCCUCAUUGAUGAUCCAUCCAAAUUAAGAGAAAUCACCUUCAAAAAGAACUACGCUGCCAUCAUAACCAACGGUACAGCCAUUCUUGGUUUGGGCAACAUCGGACCUUCUGCAGGACUACCAGUUAUGGAAGGCAAGUCCGUCUUAUUCAAUGCUUUGGGAGGCAUAGAUCUUAUGCCAAUCUGUCUUAAAGAGAAGGAUCCUCAUAAAUUGGUCAGAAUCAUUAAAUGCAUUGCUCCUAUAUUUUCAGCAAUUAAUCUAGAAGACUUGAGAGCCCCUGAUUGUUUCCCCAUAGAAGAAGAGGCAGUUCAGAGUUUACACAUUCCAUUAAUGCAUGACGAUCAACAUGGAACAGCCGUAGUUAGUUUGGCAGCAGUCAUCAACUAUCUAAAAUUAACCAAAAAGAAUGUGAAGGAUCUAAAAUUAGUUAUAAAUGGAGCAGGGGCUGCUGGUGUUGCAAUCGGUAAAUUGUUGUAUGGACAUGGAAUUGAAGAUAUUGUGAUGUGUGAUACUUCAGGAAUCAUUUAUGAAGGUAGACCUUAAAAUAUGAACAAUUUUAAAAAUGAUUUAGCCAAGUUCACAAAUAAGGGUAAAAUCUAAGGCACUCUUGCAGAUGCAGUCAAAGGAAGAGAUCUCUUUGUUGGAGUGUCCAGUGCUGGUGCAUUAACUCAGGAUAUGGUCAGAGCAAUGAAUAAGGAUCCAUUCAUCCUAGCCUUAGCCAAUCCAGUGCCUGAAAUAAUGCCAGACGAAGCCAUUGAAGCUGGUGCAUUUAUCGUUGCUACUGGAAGAUCCGAUUUCAACAAUUAAGUCAAUAAUUCUUUGGCUUUCCCAGGUAUUUUCAGAGGUGCCAUUGACACUAGAGCCAAAGAAAUUAAUCUAGAAAUGAAGAUUGCUGCUGCUUAUGCUAUUGCCAACAGUAUCAAAGAUUCCGAACUUAGCACAACCAAGAUUUUGCCUGGAGCCUUGACAGCAGAGAUUCCUGCUAAUGUGGCAAGAGCUGUGGCUAUUGCUGCCAUGAAGACAGGAGUUGCCAAAGUUAAUGUAGAUCCAGAGAAAGUGUUCGAUUUGGCUAGAAAAUUGAUUAUGGAAGGAAACCUAGCAGGUAUUUGA